AUGAAAAAAUAUUCUUAACAACCGAUCUUGUUGCUCUCAAAUCCAAAUAGACAAUACAAUCAGCCAUAAUUGCAAACAUAAGUUGUAACUCUAAGUGGAUAUAACUCAGCUUCAUAAUAUUAAUCAUAGAAUUUACCCACUAUAAACUAAGGAAGGCAGGUUCAGGGAAUGAUAAAUAAUUAAAAGUUAGCAUAGAGAGCAGGUGUGCCUCUGGAGUCUAAAGCUCUAGCUAACGAUUAGAUCGAAGAGAUAAAAUAGAGUGUUGAUUAAAAUCUGGAAAACUUGAGAAAUUACUAGCAUCUUUAAAUUGAUAAUUCAAUUUAGAGGGCUGAUGAGCCUUUGCAAAGGAGAGAGUCUAUAUAGAUCCUUCCAGAUGAUCCUCUCAUUUUGCCUCUCUCAAAUAAAUUCUUGCGAUCUUAACUUCACAAAAGAAGUGAGGUCUGUCAAUCGGAUUCUUUCAGUGCAACUUAAACUACUUAUUCUCAUCUAAGGCAUAUGAAUAAAUCAUAGAAUUAGAAGACAAGCAUUAAUACAGAUUGUAAAAGAGAAAAAAUAAGAUCUUCUCAACAACACUAUCAGCAUACUACUGAAGCUCUGAGAACUCAUGAGCAUGCGAUAUCUGAAAUGAAGAACUACCAGCUAAUAAUGAAUAAAGAAUCUCAUUUCAAAGAAAAUGUAUUGCUUAAUCCAUUAAUCUAGUAUCUUAUUCGAAAUCAUUUUAACAACAAUAAUAGAGGGUCAGUUAAUGGGAAUUUAAUUCAAAAUCAUAGAGAUCUACAAGCAAUUAAAAAGUAAUAAGAGGUGAUUGAUGUACAGCACCUAUCAAUCACAAAAUCCAAACUUGGUAGUUUUAAGAACUUGAACGGAUGUGUAGAAAGUGGAAGAUAAUCCAUAGCAGCUCAAUCAAUAGAAUUCAGAGAAGUUCAAAACUAGGAUUAUAACUCUUAAAGUAAGAGGAUAAAAUAGUUCAGCAGUGAGAAAAAAGAACUGUAAUCUAAAAGGAAUUUAUAAUAAUUUAUGACUGGAGGAGAGUCGCUUAAUUCUUCUCAAUGCUAAUCAAUUAAGCAAGACUCCUAGAAAAAUCUUAUUAAGAUUCAAGAUUGUAUUGAUUUCAAUGCGAUUCAUGGAGAUUAAGUAUUAACUGAAGGAUUAGCUAACUCCUAGAAUAAGAAUUCGUAAUCAAGAAAGUUAUAUCAGCAAAUAUAUAAAGAAUUUCAGAAAAAUUAUCAAGAAAAUUUAGAGAAGUCAACACUCAGGCAAAAGAAAUUGCUUGAAAUCUAAGCAUUAUAAGGCAUGCACUCAAGUAGAUAUGAAAAAUCCCCAGAUCGAAAAUCGUUUCCACCAGAGACUUGUGCCCUUGAAACUCCUGACGAAAAAAGAAGUCUUAUUUCACAAAAAUAAUUUUCUGCCUCUAUUGGCGGGAAAAAUACGAUUUAAUAGAAAACAAAAAUCAAAGCUUUGAAAAAUCUUAAAGAAUUCAAUACUAUAUACACAGUCCAAAAUCUAGAAAUAAAUGAUCUAUUCAAAAAAAUAAAUCAAAUCAUAUAGGCGAUUUCAAAGAUUAAGGAUAAUUUCAAUAAUUAAAGUGUUAAGGAUCUGAAAUAGCAAAGUACAUUUCUGGGAAUUAAACUUACAAAUCAAGAUCUUUAACCAAAUUAUCUUAAAACAAAGGAAUUCACUAUAUUCAUGAAAUCACAGAUACUUGGUUUUAUGAAUCGAUAAUUAUACCCAGAUAUAAAAUAAGCUCAGUUGACCUAAAGAAAGCCUAAAACAUAUAAGUUUUGGGUGGAAUGCUCUGGGAAUAAUCAUAAUUUAGUAAAGUAGAUAAUAAAAAGAAGAAAUUGGAUUAUUUUAGCAGCCGAUUAUUCACCUGAUCAGCAAAUUUAUAGUAAUAAUAAUUCUGAAGAUGACUCUCCUACUCGAGAAGACAAUCAGAAGACAUAGAGUAUUUACCCAAAUUUGAUAUGGACAUAAAUGAGAAGACCUAAGUUAAUGAAGGAACUAAGGACUGACUAAAUUUAUAAUCACUUAGAUGGAAUUAACACAAUUGCAACAAAAUCUGGACUGUUUUAUAAUCUUAAAAAGCUUUGCGCUGAUAAUAAUCUGAGCCUAAAUGAUUAUAUCCCAGAAACUUACUUAAUAAGGGUAGAAAAUAAGGACUAUGACUCUAGAUCCAGAGACCUUGAAGCAUUUAGAAAGGUCUUCAAUAAUCAUAUUUGGAUUUUAAAGCCAGGUGAAAAUUCUAAUAGAGGUCAUGGAAUUUAGGUACUCGAUAAAUUAGAUAAGAUUGUGAGUGCCGUUGAGACAUAAUAUUCUGGAGGCCACUAUAAAACUGUUGUUCUCUAGAAAUACAUCGAGAAUCCUUACCUUGUCUCUAAGAGAAAAUUUGACUUGAGAGUAUUUUGCCUUCUAAAUUAUUACUAAGAAACAUAAACUUUAAGAGCAUACUAUUAUGAUGAGGGAUAUCUUAGAACAAGUUGCAAAGAGUUCAGUUUGAAAAAAAUUGAUAGUAAGUACGUCCAUCUAACAAAUGAUGCAGUCUAAAAAUACAGUUAGGAUUAUGGGAAAUUUGAAAACGGAAAUAAGUUGUCCUACGAAGAUUUCUCAAAACUUCUAUCAAAAGAUAAAGAUGUGGAUUUUUAUGGACAAAUAAUUCCAUAAAUAAGAAACUGUAUGAAAUUAGUAGUGGAAUCUGCAGCGAAAAGCCUAGUAGGAGAAAUUCGAUAUGAUUAUAAUGGCUAUGAAGUACUUGGAUUUGAUUUCAUGCUAGACGACAAAAUGAAACUAUACUUAAUUGAAUGUAACACUAAUCCUUGCUUAGAAACUUAGCAAAGCAUUCUUUUACAAAGAAUAAUUCCUUAAAUGCUAGAAUAAUCUAUGAAAAUUGCAGUUGACCCAUUUUUGAGAGCAACUGAAUAAUAAUACACUUAGAGUGGAGGAGAGAUACUUAUGAAUGAAUUGAAAUAUGAAUUGAUUUAUGAGUAUCAUUAUAAAAAUAAGGUCUAAAAUAAGUGA